GUUACAACUUACCUCAGCCCUCACCAUUCAAGCGGCGCCAUGUCUACCCAUUCUCAGUAUCCCGCUGAGCACUCUGAGAAACGCGUCGAUGAUCUGGAUCGCAGUACCGUCACAGAUGUGGAGGGGAACGAUUCUCAGGCUCCCAUUCGUCCCGCGGACUCCUCAUCUCUCUACGCGGGUGAGGAUUCAGAACCAUUUGAGUCUACAGCCCCUACCCUGUCGCCCAAACUACCCGAAAUCUCUGGCGGAUUAGAGCUAGACCUGGACUCGAUACUGAUGCCCUCUAAUCCGGAGCCAACUCCAGCGCAAGUCUUCAACCCCAGUGGAGAACUCGCACCACUAACUCUAUCUAGGACCGAUAAAGUGAAGAAAAGGGCUAGCAACGUUCUAAAGCUAUCUCAAGAGAACGAGAAGCUGAAAGCAGAGCUCAAAGCCAUGUCCGAUCGACUCGAGGCCGCCGAGCGACGUCGGCAGCAACUAGCGAGGAAAGAACAACACGUAGUUGAGCCACCUACGAGCUAGACCAUGGCGCGAGAAACAGAACCGGAACCGAAUGGAUAAUGACGACAAUUGUAUUUCUCCUACCCCUGCGGAAUUGUGUACUAUAUAUUGGUAUACCCAGAGUGCUCAAGCUGCUUAAUUUUGAAUGUGCGUAUGCAUCUGGUCAUUAUUUUAAGCCCGGACCAAGUAUUUGAGAUGGCUGAUCGGCUAUGAUCAUGACGUAUGGUAGAUAGUAUCUCUCCACGGACUCCGAAACCGACCGGAAUCACUUCUUAUAAGUACAGUCGUUUCGGCAUUCACCACCACCACGACCUCAAACUCGAUCAUCGAUGGCGACCUCGCGUAGACCCUCAGACCGCAGACUUUCGGACAGACGCAACUCCGGGAUGUCAUCUCGACGUCCCUCCAUCGACCCAUGGAGACUGGUACCCAUGGACAAAGCAAUCCACAUCGGUGGAUCGGACGAUUUCAAUGUCCUCUUCGUUGGGGCUGGAAACAUCAUGUUCGGAUCCGAUGAGGGCCCUUGGAACCACUCUUUCCGUUUCGAACACAAGCUGGGACGGCGUCUCAAGGUAGUCGCGUUGAUCGAUCCCGCCAUCGAGCGGGCGACUGCCGUCUUGCAGAAGAAAUGCGACUCUUUCGUCGUCUCUGCCUACCAAGACACCCGAGUCUUCAAAACCCUCGAGGAUUUUGUGAAGGCCAUGUCUCCUAAGGAUCGGCCUCGUGCGGUUAUCGUCGGCAGUCCCCCCAUGUUCCGUGGCUCUCUUGUUCCAGGGCGCGACAUUGAGAUGCAGAUUUUGAAACACUUCCCCGGCGUUGCUAUGUUCAUCGAGAAACCUGUCGCCACCGGUCCACACCACGAGAUCGCCGACGCGUACACGAUUGCCAAGACCAUUCAAGACUCGCAGACCAUCUGCUCUGUCGGAUAUAUGCUUCGGUAUCUGAAGGCCACCCAGAUGAUGAAGCAGAUCAUCGAAGAAAACAAUCUGACAGUCAUGGCCACGAUCGCGCGUUACGCUUGCGCGUACGAAGCGAUCGCAAAGCCCGAUUGGUGGGACAAGUCAAAGAGUGCGGGCCCGAUCGUGGAGCAGGGGACUCAUUUCUGUGAUCUGUCGCGCUACUUUGGAGGAGAAGUGGACAUCUCGACCGUUUCUGCGCAUUCACUCGAAUGGGACGAGAACGCUGGCCACCUGAGCAAGAUGACCGUGGAUGAGACUAAGAUUCCGCCCGAGAAUCGGAUCCCCCGUGUGACUGCUGCGACUUGGAAGUACGAAAGCGGGGCCGUGGGAAGCUUCACGCAUGUCGUGGCGCUCCAAGGAACGGACUACAGCUGCGAGUUGGAGGUGUACGCCGACGGGUACCAACUGAAGCUGGUGAACCCUUACGUGCAGCCCCUGCUGUAUAUCCGCAAGCCUGGCGACGACCACGAGCAGAUCGUGCGGUUCCCUGAUGACGAUCCCUUUUUCUCGGAGGUUUCGCACCUCAUUGACGUCAUCGAAGACAUUGAAGAAGAUCCUGAAGCAGCCACGAUCCUCAGUUCCUACGAAGAUGCAGUCAAGACGUACGAACUCACGUGGACAAUCCGUGAGGCCAGCGAGCGCUCGCGCGCCGAACAGCUCGCCAAGCAGAAGGCUGCAGCCAAAGCGGCGUGAAAGAGUCGUGAGACCAGAAACUAACCACUGUAUUCAGUCAUGUACUAGAUGUUGUGUGUGAUCAUCAAGAUCAAAGUUGUACGUUGCAGGCAUGUGCUGUGAUAAUGAUUCUGCGUCUUUGUUUCCACCCGAUAAUCAUGAUUGCCCCUCCUUGUGCUUUCCCUUAUUGCUCGAUCUCCGGGGUCUGCAGGCCCACGUUUGCCUAGAGCUCUUUUUCAGCUCGAUAAUUAUGCAUGUUUCGGAUCCCCCGCUCCUUACGCCAAUCAUUCUGCCGUACUCCUCUCCUUCUCACGUCCUCCCUCCUUUCAAAACACUCGAGGAUGUUGCCAAUCACACCUCGGAAGGGAGCUCCGUGGUUCCUACUCGUCGUUCUUCUGGGUCUGCAUGGCCUGGCUUUCCUGGCCCCGAGAAAGACAUAUUGACAAGGUCUCUAUCAUCGCCGAGCGUUCCUCCAUUACGGACGAGGCCAGGAUCGAAAUUUUGGGUGUGUUCAAGCUCUUGGGAAGUCCACCCUUCGUUUGACUCAAAGACUCGAUAGGCUGGGCACAGCGUGAAGCCACUCCCAGUGCUCGCGGAACCCACUUGGUAUACUAACGUACGUGUUUUAGCAGCGCAGUGAGACAUACGCGCACGGUCGAUGCAGUGUCGGUGAUCAAAUCGCGACGGUUCUGCAUCUUAUCGACUGAGAGCUCAUUGUCCCUAGAUUCAAUCGCACGGGGAGGGCUCGAGUCUCCAGCCGACAGCAGUCUGCCAUCAUAUGAACCUGUUUGCUGGUCGACCUCAUUCUAAGUUGUGCAUAGAUGACCCACGGCAGCCGCAAGGUCAAGAAUAUUCGGUGAGUCUGCCUGCUCUCUGACAGUCUAUCAAGAAAGUUACUAGUUUCAAACAGCGUCUCCCUCCGAUCGUAAGCUUGUGUCUGAUCGCUGGCCCACAACGCUCAUCUUCAGUAGUCAUCAUUGGCCGCCGAACCAUCCCAUUGUUUCAAUCGAGACGUUCUUCCGCCUAUAAGCGUUACGCGUCAAGAUCGUGCCUGCGCUCACUGCACGAUGGAGGAAAAGAUCGAAAACGGUCGCAGAAUGGUGCUCUCGCAGAGAUAUUCUCCAUCUUGUCACGCUGGGCGACGACAGAUCCCCACCCCUCUUCCUCCAUCUCACGGACACACUAUGAUAUCAUUUCAACCUGUGGGAUCAGAUACGCCCUCUGAAGAGCAUGCUUUCGGCGUCUCAAUGGCGGAUGUUCUCAAUUUCCAGCCUUGUCUCGUGGAUCCUGAUGCCGAGGUUCUCGACGAGCAAGUGGCUCAGAUCUUUCUGACUCUUGAGGCCAAGGGCUACUCGACCUACAUGCAGGAAAUACCCGUCAAGUGCACUCACCGAAGAAUCUCCCGCUUUAGUCUCGCGUAUGCCGUCGCUUCCAAGUUCGAUGCGUAUUUGAAGG